AUGGCGUCUCCCAAUUUGAGUGGUGCUAGUGCUAGUGGUACUGGUAGUGUAGGUUCUGCAGCCACACAGCCAACAGACAUUAAGGCUCCACUUUGGGAUCAUGUGAUUAUUCUGGAGAAGCCUAAAGCUGGUGGAGGAAAUGCUAUGUGGCGCUGCAAAUACUGUCCAAUGCAAAAACUGAGUAGUUACACUAGAGUUGAGGCUCAUUUGCUGCAGAUUUCAGGAAAGGGAAUAGGUAAAUGUCCUAAUGUCACAUAUGAAAUGCUGAGUGCAAUGAGAAAGGAAAUUGAAAGGUGCAAGAAUCUGGUGGAAAAAUCCAGGUCCAGACUGGUUUCACUACCUACUGCUCCUUCCUCGAGCAAUACAGAUGACACCAACAAGAGGUCUAAGAGGGGGCCUACUUCUGCAUUGGAAAAAGCUUGGAGAGCGGAAGACCGUAAUCACUUGGAUGCUUUGAUCAGUAGAGCAAUUUAUUCUGGAGGGGUUUCUUUCAAUUUUUUGAGAAAUCCAUAUCUUCGAGAAGCUUUUGCCUUUGCUAGCAGCAGGAACAUGCAAGGUUAUGUGAAGCCUGGUUACAACAGAGUUAGAGAGGGACUUUUGAAGCAAGAAAGGAGGCACAUAGAGCGUUUGUUGGAGAGCACAAAGAGCACAUGGUCAGAGAAGGGAGUCACAAUCUGCACUGAUGGCUGGUCAGAUCCUCAGAGGCGACCAAUAAUCAAUUUUGUGGCUGUUUGCGACAAGUCACCUAUGUUCUUAAGAGCUGAUAAUUGUGAAGGUGAGAUCAAAAGCAAAGAAUACAUUGCUGAAAAAUUGAGGGCAAUAAUAGAAGAAGUAGGUCGAGAUAAUGUGGUCCAAAUAAUUACUGACAAUGCUGCAAAUUGCAAAGGUGCUGGUCUAAUAAUUGAGGCGGAGUAUAAUAAUAUAUUUUGGACACCAUGUGUUGUGCAUACCCUUAACCUUGCUUUGAAAAGUAUAUGUGACAAAUUUGUUUGGGAGCAGCUUGAAUUUAUACAUGAUGUCAAGACUGAGGCUGCUAUGAUAAAGAAUUUCAUAAUGAAUCAUGGCAUGCGGCUUUCAAUGUUCAAUGAGUUCAGCCGUUUGAAGUUGCUUUCUAUUGCUGAAACCAGAUUUGCCUCUGUUGUAUGCAUGCUGAAGCGCUUUGUUGAGGUAAAAUCAGCCCUCCAACAAAUGGUGAUUAGUGACAAAUGGAGCAUCUACAAAGAAGUCAGAGAUGAUUCUCCAACUCCAACAGCCCAAAUUGUGAAGGACUUGAUACUUAAUGAUGUAUGGUGGGAUAAGGUAAACUAUAUUCUUAGGAUUACCACUCCCAUAUAUGAAAUGAUUCGUAUGACAGACACCGACACACCAUGUCUUCACUUAGUUUAUGAGAUGUGGGAUUCAAUGAUAGAGAAUGUGAAGAAAGAGAUAUAUCGAUAUGAGGGCAAGCAAGAAGAUGAGGAUUCAGACUUGUACUCUGUUAUUUAUGACAUAUUGAUUGCUAGGUGGACAAAAUGA